AUGUCCACCGUUCGGGUCUCUGAACUGGGGCUCAACUCCUCAGAGCAGCGAUAUCUCCAAGCACAGAUUGCAACGGCCGCAUCGCAACAGGGCAGCAGCUCAUCCCGCGCCGCUUCGAGAGCAUCCAGCCAAGGCCGAUUACUCCUGGAUCCCACCAGUUUGCAGGCGCUCGGCGCCCACUUUGAUCGUCUGAUGUACUCGAUACAGCAGCGAUGGCAAUACCUUACCCAACAGACUCAGACGGCGACCCAGGUGCAGUACGACCGCGCUGGCAACGCAAUGCAAAUGGCCGAUGCUGAAAUCGCCCGUUUCCGAUCCAUACUUCGCGAGAUCGACGAGCUCCAAGUCGAAUUCGAUAAAGUACGUCGUAUUGGGGAGAUAGUCAAGGGCUUCAAAGCACGUGUUGACUAUCUGGACCGCCGAUUCUGAUCCCUCACCAUAAACAGGGUCUAUCAACCAACACUCCUUCCCAACCUUACGACUCACGACAUUACAUCAAGGCUAGCCAAUCUUGA